CGGUGGGUGCGCGCGGGAGCAAGAUGGCCACCACCAAGCGUGUGCUGUACGUGGGUGGGCUGGCAGAGGAAGUGGACGACAAAGUUCUUCAUGCUGCUUUUAUCCCAUUUGGAGACAUCACAGAUAUUCAGAUUCCCCUGGAUUAUGAAACAGAAAAGCACCGAGGAUUUGCUUUUGUUGAAUUUGAGUUGGCAGAGGAUGCCGCGGCAGCUAUUGACAACAUGAAUGAAUCUGAGCUCUUUGGACGGACAAUUCGUGUCAAUUUGGCAAAACCAAUGAGGAUCAAGGAAGGCUCUUCCAGACCAGUGUGGUCAGAUGAUGACUGGUUGAAGAAGUUCUCCGGGAAGACUCUCGAAGAGAAUAAAGAGGAAGAAGGGCCAGAGCCUCCCAAAGUGGAGACCCAGGAGGGAGAGCCUGCUGCGAAAAAGGCCCGAUCAAAUCCUCAGGUGUACAUGGACAUCAAGAUUGGGAACAACCCUACAGGAGAACUGCUCUAGUUUUUAACCUCAGCAUCUUUUCCUUUCUCCCCACCAGAGAAUUUCCGAUGCCUGUGCACCCAUGAGAAGGGCUUCGGCUUUAAGGGAAGUAGCUUUCACCGUAUCAUCCCCCAGUUCAUGUGCCAGGGCGGCGAUUUCACGAACCACAAUGGCACUGGGGGCAAGUCCAUCUACGGGAAGAAAUUCGAUGAUGAGAACUUUAUCCUCAAACACACGGGACCAGGCCUGCUCUCCAUGGCCAACUCCGGCCCAAACACCAACGGCUCCCAGUUCUUCCUGACGUGUGACAAGACGGAUUGGCUGGAUGGCAAGCACGUGGUGUUCGGGGAGGUCACAGAAGGCCUGGAUGUCUUGCGGCAGAUUGAGGCCCAGGGCAGCAAGGAUGGGAAGCCAAAGCAGAAGGUAAUCAUUGCCGACUGUGGGGAGUACGUGUGAGUCCGCAAAGUCUCGGCACUGCCCCUGCAUAUCCAGGAGCUGUCAGCCUGGGAACCAGCACCUGAGGGUGUCUGUCCCCUUUGUGGCAAGCAGGGGUUUGUGUCGUGGCCCUUCUUGGACUCAGCUCGGAGCAACUCUUCUGCAGGUACGGCCUGGGCUCCCUCUGGCUCUUUCCCAGGCGUGGCCGUGGGCCUGGGAGCUGGCACAGGGGCCGCCUUCCCCACUGUGGACAGGCUGUGCGUGGUCUUUUCCGGCCUUUGCUGCCACGGCUUCUCCUUGGCCCGCCAGUGUGGCUCCUGGACGUUUCUUCUAGUAAAAUAAAUCCUAGUUCCUGUACUGCCGAGUCCAGCUAGUUCCUAGCAGUUGUCAGAGAUUAUGUCUGUGGCUAAGCUGUCCUGCUGAAUUAGGCUGGCAAAGGGAUGGGGCAUAGCUUUUCUCUACUCCCUUGGAUAGUUCCCUGAGAUGCCAAGUAAUAGAUCUUCAAGCCAGGUUCCCUUGUCGGAUCAUUGUCAGGACGGUGGAAAUCAAAGAUAGUGGAGAAAUUUGUCUUCUGCUGCCUGUGCUCCUAAACUCAUGCUGGCUAGUCUUGUAGGCAGCAAGCGUAGUUACAACUCUCAGCGAUUCAUGUGUUUAUUUCUUCAUAUUCACUCUACAGAUAUU